UCAGCCUCACCUGUCUCAGCUCACCUGUCUCAGCCUUACCUGUCUCCCCUCACCUGUCUCAGCCUCACCUGUCUCAGCUCACCUGUCUCACCUCACCUGUCUCAGCCUCACCUGUCUCAGCUCACCUGUCUCAGCUUCACCUGUCUCAGCUCACCUGUCUCAGCUCACCUGUUCCCCCUGACCUGUCUCCCCUCACCUGUCUCAGCUCACCUGUCUCACCUCACCUGUCUCAGCCUCACCUGUCUCCCCUCACCUGUCUCAGCUCACCUGUCUCAGCCUCACCUGUCUCAGCUUCACCUGUCUCAGCUCACCUGUCUCAGCUCACCUGUUCCCCCUGACCUGUCUCCCCUCACCUGUCUCAGCUCACCUGUCUCAGCUCACCUGUCUCACCUCACCUGUCUCAGCUUCACCUGUCUCAGCUUCACCUGUCUCAGCUCACCUGUCUCCCCUCACCUGUCCAACAGCGACCACAUGUUCUGAGCCUGUCCUUGGUCAGGAUCUGUCUCUGACAGCAGAGACAGAUUCUGCCAGUCCAUCGUCUCUUCAGGUCCAGAUAACUUCCUGAUCUACUUUUAGCUUUUAGUUUCUUCUGUCCAGUGUUUCCUCUGACUGGUGUUUGGACAGCAGUGCUGUUGUGAGACUGGUCAGAGUGUCUGAGGGGGGGCAGGUAGUCUCAGCACCAACAUAGGGGACUCUGUUCUGGGCUCAGCUCCUGGGUUUGGAGGGCUUCUGGAUUUAAGGCGAUUAAAACACGUGAGCGCUCCCUGUUGAACGUUAACGGUCCGCGGGUCUCUGCCGGACUCUGCUCCACACGCAUCUGUUGGUGUUUUUCUGUGGAAACUGUAUCUGCAGAGUCCUGCUGGGUCCCGCUCUGAUGACUGAGUGGACCCCAGACUCUCUCUCUCUCUCUCUCUCUCUCUCUCUCUCUCUCUCUCUCUCUCUCUCCUCACCCAGUCAAUUAAAGUCAUGACGUCACGCGGUCCUCCUCCCUCCCACUCCAAAUUUCCCCGGAGGAGGAAAAGUCUUCAGAGAGGAGAGAGGGAGGACAGAGAGACGCAGAGGACGGAAAGAAGACAGACAUCAACUACAAGCAGAGGCACAUUUUUCUCCCCUUCUUCUUCUUCUUCUUCUGCUGCUGUAGUUUUCUGUCCCCUGGUGUUUUGUAGUCAUGCUGGACACGCUCACCUUCCUCCUGGAGAAGCUCUUCCUCCUCGCCCACAUCAAGCUGUCCAGCCUGCUGCCUCCUCUGGGCAAAGAGCGCGGAGACCCGCCGCUCACCAGGCGCUGUGACCGGGAUGAAUCUCCUCCGCAGCCCGCCGGAUCUCCUCAGAGGUUCCAGCGGGGAGACCUGCUGGAGGUCCCGCGGACUCUCUUCACCCACUUCGGUAUCUACCUGGGCGACAACCGGGUGGCGCAUCUCAUCCCGGACAUCCUGCCGGUGCUGACUGCCGACAGCCGCCAGAUCCAGGAGAUGGUGACCAACACGCGGCUGCUGCUCGGGGUGCUCUCCAAGCGCGCCAGCAUCCGGGUGGACUCGGUGGAGGACUUCGCGUACGGAGCCGGGAUCCUGCUCAACGCCAUGGACCGGGCGGCGCGCCGGAGCCCGCUGCCCGGAGAGGAGGUGGCCCGGCGGGCGGAGCGGCUGGUCGGCUCCGUGUCCUACAGCCUGCUGUGGAACAACUGCGAGCACUUCGUCACCUACUGCCGCUACGGAACGGCGCAGAGCCUGCAGACCGACAAGUUCUGUGAGUGGCUGAAGUCGCUGAUCCGGGACCAGCGUAACGUUGUCCUGACGGCGCUGCUGGGACUCCUGUCCAUGGUGUGUUUGGGAAUAUCCUCCAGCACCGCCCUGCCCACCCUCCUCAUCCCCUUCACCCUGUGGAUGGCCAGCUAGAAGCUCCUGGACAACAUUCACCGUCAGUGUUUACGGCCGCCAUGUUGGAAGACCGACAGACAGGAAGUAAUCAUCUGCAAAGAAGUUAAUGACUGUCGUACUACAUUUUAUUUCUAAUAACACAAUAGUGAACGUAAACACUCUAGUGGUAGUAGUUUAGAGUGAACAGAAGAAGAAGAAGCAUGAGCAACAUUAGUAACCACGAUUGAACCAAUAAAAAGACAUUUAAAUGACAUAAAAGACAAAAUCAAAGGACAAAAACAUCACCCAGUACCGCCCACACUGUUUGAUUGACAGGUGAUGUUUUUUGAGGUGAUGAGCACUUAGCAGCAAAGACAGAGACAACUUUAAAACAGUUCAGGCUUGUGGUCUUCCAACUUUAAACUGUGGUGUUAAAAAGACCAAAGAUCAUGUAAUAAUUACUGAGUUUUACUGAAGCUGCAGGUUUUGUUUAGAAGGAGUGAUUUUUCAAAAUAUAACGUGACGUUUUUUGCAUUUGUUGUCUUACAAUAUGGUGGCUUGUCACUUGUAACUACUUUCCCAACAUCACACGACACGUCUGGACACAGAAAACCACAGAGUUGGAGUGAACGGUGUUGAAGUGUCCCUUCAGAUGGGACUCAUGUUAUAAUAUUUCAUAUUUUUUCUCUAAUUGAACACACACAAUGUGUUUAAAGAAGACACAGGCAAACUUUCGCAUCACAGCUAGAUUUGGUCCUGAUUGGCUGUCCAGUCCGUCCAAUCGGGCCCGUUUAUAUCAUUUAAAGCUUCCGUUAGGUGAGCUGAUGCUGUCAGCCAAUCAGGCGCCAAUAUUGCAUCUUCAUCGUGUUCAGUUCAGAUUUUAAAGGAUCAAUUUGGUGUUAUUCUAUAUUUACUUUGUCAUCCAAUCCCACGUGCAGAUCCAAACCCACAACGUGUCGGUGCGUCUCUCAACACCGUCUGACUUCCUGUCUGCGGCUCUCAGCUCCGAGCCCAUUGGUUCCUGCUGAAGACGUAAGUCUUUAAAAACACCUCACAGAUAUUUAGUUUCCUGUUUAAAAGGCUUUCAGUAGUUUGCUCAAACAGUUUCUAUGCUAACGCAGUGCAUCUGUUAGUUACUUCUAUCGGAUGAAUCCACAUGUGGUGCAGUGUUUGGGAAAGCAGGGCAUGUGUUGGGGAGUCAGAAUACAGUGUGUGUGUGUUGCGGAUGAAGGAACAACAGUAGUGACUCGCUGAUGUGUUUUUAACAGUUUCUGGACAACGACGGAGGAAGAAGAUGCAUCAGGCUGUGAUUCACACACACCUGAUGUUAGCAGAGACGUUCACUGCUGUUUGAGUCUGAACGUGAGAUUUGAUGACAAAGAGAACAAUAUAGAAUAUCUCCAGACUUAUACUUUAACUAAAUCAUAUUUAUUUGCAGAAAUAAUGAAGAACCAGAGUGUACUGUAUAUGAACUGUAUAUGUUUUGGGUCUCGGACACAUUAAACGAUGAACAUUUAUUUACCCUGAAAUGUUCACUUUGCAGCCAGUGUCCUGUGAAAACCUCUUAUCUCCAGAAAGUCAACUUCUCUCUUUUUCAGUUUAUUUGGAGAAGAUUGAACAUUUGGACUCUUAAAGGACCCCGAAGCUGAAAAAGUUAAAAUGAUGAAACAACCCAGAUUGAAGAAAAUAGCUCAAGUUCAACUUACUAGCUUUUUCCAGAGCUUUUAACCGCGUCUCACGGUCUUGAAAGCCCUGGAAAAAAACUUGUAUAUUACUGUUUCAAGGUCAAGAAUAAACACACAACAGUGUUUACACAUUAACACUGAGAAACUCUGACUCUGUGGCGGCCAUCUUGACUGUACUAAAGCACAUGAGACACUUGAGUAACAGCAGGAAGUUUCCUUCCCCCGACCCCUCUGCAGCCCGGCGAAGCUCUUCUGUAAAUACCUGUAGAUAUCCGCGACCUGAUUGUUCUCUAACAGUCACAAACUUUUGUACAGAAUUUAUUUUUUAUGACGCUGUAACACUUUAUACUGUGUUUUUGUAUGUAAAUAAAGGAAGUGGAAUUAGA